AGAAAAUGUUUUGAAAUUAUUUUGUGAUAAGUAACAGGGUGUGAACAAGUUUGAAGAUGACUUCAAAAUCUGGUACAAAGCUGAGUGGAUGUGGAGACGUAAUUAGCAACAGCGUAGUAAACAUAACAAGCAACAAUGAGGAUAGAAUAUACACUUAUGCUGAAGCCAUUAACCUCGCGGGAAAUGGGUGGUAUAGUGUGGGCCUUCUGGCGACCCUAAGUGUCUGCACGCUGGCCAUGGGUGUAGACAUGUUUGGCUUCUCUGUGGUCGUCAGCGGCUGCACCUGUGACUUCGGUCUGGAUAUCAGCCAGACCAGCGUGUUGCUGUCCAUGCCUUUUGUUGGUCCAAUUGUAAUGGCGUAUCCAUGGGGCUACAUAUCCGACACCCAGGGCCGGAGGAGGAGCCUUCUCAUUGCCAUGUGGAUCAGCUUCGUGGUGUCCACCAUCGGCGCCUUCUCUCCUAACUGGGUGGUGAUGGCGGUGCUGAAGUUUAUCAGUACCAGUCUAUGUAGCUGUGCCCAAUCAGCUUCAUACACAUUGUUGGGAGAAUCCUGCGCUGAGAGAGCCAGAGACGCGUACAUGUUGAUUAUGACCAGCGUUCUAGACUUCAGUUUAGCUGCUUAUGUUGUGGUAGCCUACUUCAUCCUAAAUCUGGACUUCUCUUACGACAUGGGUAUGAUCACGUUCACCCCCUGGCGUCUCCUGGCACUCGCUCUGGCGCUUCCAUUAGGACUUGGCGCGUUUGGGACUCUGUUCUUCUACGAGAGCCCGAAGUUCUUGGUCAACGUGCAGCGGGAGGACGAGGCUGUGGAGAACUUGAGGAAGAUCUGGAAAAGGAAUAACGGAAGGGGAGACAAGUAUCCGGUAAAGAAAAUUAUCCUGAACGAGAUCGGCAACGAGCGCCGCAAGGAUGUAUCCCUGAUGCAGUCUCUCUGGGAGCAGAUAGUGCCUUUGUUCAAACCUCCUCUACUCUGGAAGAGCACCAUGCUGUACUUCUUUACUGCCGUCAUAUUUAGCACCAACAACAGCUACUUCAUCUGGUUCCCGUACCUGGCGGAGAAGUUCGCAGCUGGUUUAGGCUCCAUGACCCAUUCUGAUGAGACCGGACUCUGCAAUUUGAUCAUCAGCAAUAACAAUGUCACUGCUGCUAAUAACGAAUGUAAAUCUACAAUGGAUAUCAGCCUGGUAUGGGCCAGUCUAGCACAAGGGGUCACCUUCGUGAUCAUCAUGUUAGUCAUCACGAAGCUGGCUUACAGGAAGAAAGCUCUCAUGAUUAUCAUCAUGACGUUCUCGGGACUGUCUGCUAUUGCAGCAGCCCUUGUCAAGGACAACUUGGCCAGUUUUGUCAUGUUCUUUGGCCUGCUGACUAAUGAGCUGUGUAUUGGAAUUAUUUAUACAUAUUUUGUGGAUAUGUACCCAACGUCUUAUAGGGGCAUGGCAGCGUGUAUCGGUGUGAUGGUCGCCCGACUGAGUGCACUUGGCGGGGUCAACGUCCUGGGAGCCUUCAUCAUGACCCAUUGUAACACCAUGUUCUAUACUUGUGGGGGUCUUAUGUUAGUGGCUGCUGUAUUUUCAUGCCUAUUACCACCGGAUACGCGAAAAACAUAGUCGAAUAUUAUAUACUUAUU